GCGGAGUCAGGAGACACGGACAGGGAGGGUCAGUGGGACGUGAUGACCUCCUACUGAGUCCAGAGGAGCGGUUCCCCACACCUCUGUACCUGCAGGAGCGAAUGUCGCCUGAGAGACCUUCCCGUGAACGAACAACUCACAAGGUUCUCAACUCUACUUCUUAAACCACAGAAACGUAGACGAUGUCAGUAGUUUGAGAAGAUGUCAGAAAUAACUUCUGUAAAUUCCGGGAGCGUGCAGCGCCUACUGCAGCUGUCUCUGAGAGGAGAAUGGAUUGCACUUGAACAAACGCUUAAAGCCUUAGACAAGGGAGACCCAGAGGUCUUCCAGUUUGACGAGGAGUCGGGCUUAAGUGUUAUGAUGAUCGCUGUGCGAGAGAACCGUCUGGCUGCAGUGGAAAGACUGCUGGAGCUGGGGAUUAGUGCUGCGGAGAAAGCUAAGGAUGGCAGGACAGCUCUGCACGUCGCUGCCGCCCACUCCAAAGACGACAUCGUAAAGCUCCUGGCAAGAAAAGCAGACCCCAAUGCUCCCGGAGGGCCCAAGGGCCAGUUGCCCCUGCACUACGCCUCGUCCCGGCCCACUGGUUCCCCCAGCACUGUGCAGACCCUGCUCAGACUCUCCAGCAAAGAGGCACGACUUGUUGCAGACAAGGAUGGCUGCAUUCCGCUGCUCCUGGCUGUCGAGGCUGGGAAUGUCGGAAUCGUCAAGGAGCUCCUCUCCAGCCAAUCAGAGCCACAGCUCCAAGCCCAGAGAGCGGGAGUCGGAGACACAGCCCUUCACGUCUGCUGCCGACGUAAGGACGUUGAAAUAGCCAAGGUCCUGGUGGAGUUUGGGGCAAACCUUGAUUUCCAAAAUGGUGAAGGGCAGACCCCUCUUCACAUAGCAUCCUGGGAAGGGGAUGAGACAAUGCUGAAGUUGUUCUACCAGAACAAAGCUAACCCCAACAUCGUAGACAAGAUGGAUAGAUCCCCUCUACACAUCGCAGCAGAGCGUGGCCAUACCAAUGUGGUUGAGAUCCUCACUGAGAAGUUUAAAUCCAACGUGCUGGCAAGAACAAAGGAUGGUAGCACCUUACUGCACAUUGCUUCCCAGUGUGGCCACCCAGAGACUGCCCUGGCGUUCCUAAAGAAAGGCGUGCCUCUACACAUGCCCAAGAAGUCAGGUGCUGUGUGCCUGCACGCGGCCGCCAAGCGGGGACACGCGGCUGUGGUGAAGUCGCUGCUCCUGAAGGGGGCGCACGUGGACGCCACCACCAAGGACGGCCUGACGGCGCUCCACGUUGCCGUGCAGCACUGCAAGCCUGCUGUGGUGCAGGUGCUACUGGGAUUCGGUGCACAGGUGCAACUCGGAGGGGGGAAGGCUCUGGAGACCCCUCUGCACAUAGCAGCCAGGGUGAAGGAAGGAGAGAAGGUGGCCGAGAUGCUGCUGAAGAGUGGAGCGGACGUGAACGCAGAGCAGGAGAACGGGGAGACGGCGAUGCAUGUCACCGCACGCCAUGGGGGUCUGCAGAUGAUGAGAGCUCUGAUAGAGGAGGGCGCUGACCUCACCUGGAGAUCCAAGGCAGGGGAGAACCCGCUCCAUGCUGCUGUGCGCCACUGCCACGCCCACAUGGUGGAAGCCAUCUUAAACUGUCUGACCAAUGAGAGGAGCCGAGAGGAGGCGGAGCUCUGUGCCCAACAAGAGAACCAGAACGGCGAGACCGCCUUGCAUCUGGCAGCUGAGCUGAGAAAGGACAUGCUCCACAGAGAUGAAGAGGACGUCCUCAUCAUCAGGACCCUGAUGGAGUAUAAUGCUGACAUCACAGCCGCCACCAGACAGGCAGGAGAGACUCCGCUCCAUUACUGCGCCAGAGUGGGUAACGACGCGGUCCUGCGCGAGAUGCUCGCGAGCGUCACCAGCAGCCGCCUGCAGAUGGCCAUUAACAAGCACGCCAAGAAUGGCAGGUCUCCGCUGCUCCUGGCAGCCAAGAGAGGCCACACGGCCGUGGUGCGGGUGCUGCUGGAAAACAGCGCCAGAGUAGACGUCUUUGAUGAGGAAGGCAAAGCCGCACUGCACCUAGCCGCCGAGCAGGGCCACGACGACGUUGCCGACGUCCUCCUGUCCCACAAGGCCUUUGUGAACGCCAAGACCAAGCUGGGCCUCACCCCGCUGCACCUGAGCGCGCAGGCCGGCUCCGCCCAUCUGGUGCGGCUGCUGGUGGAGGCCCACCAGGCCAGCGUCGACGCCCUCUCCCUGACUAAGCAGACCCCCCUGCACUUAGCCGCUAUCAGUGGGCAGCUGGACGUGUGCAGCAGUUUGCUAAACCUCAGUGCUGAUGUCACUGCCACGGAUAUCCACGGACAGACCCCUCUGCACCUGGCUGCAGAGAGUGACCACUCUGAGGUGGUCAGGCUCUUCCUGAAGCACCGGCCCGAGCUCGCCACGCUGGCCAGCACCGGCGGAGCCACGUGCACACAUAUCGCCGCCGCCAAGGGCAGCGUGGCCGUCACCCGCGAACUGCUCAGGUUCACCCAGGGAGGUGCCGCCACGCUGCACAGCAAGGCUAAUGGGUCAUGUCCCCUGCAUCUGGCUGCUGGCGGGGGUCACACAGAGGUCACCAAGGUCCUCCUGGAUGCAGGCGCUUCAGCCACAGAGGAGGACUCAGACGGAAUGACCGCUGUCCACCUGGCUGCCCGGAAUGGACACACACACAUCCUGGAGGUGCUGAAAGCCAAUGUCUCCUUGAAGAUCACUAGCUCCAAGACAGGGCUAACAGCUCUACACGUGGCCGCCUGUUUCGGACAAGUGGACUUUGUCAGGGAAAUUUUGACCAAGGUGCCAGCAGCUAUCCGCAGUGAGCCUCCCACAGGCAGACGCAGCAGCAGAGAGGUUACGCGGAGGCAGCCGCACCCUCCCGAGUCAGGGUACACUCCUUUGCACCUAGCAGCUCGGUCGGGUCAUGAGAAUGUGGUGCGUUUGCUGCUCAACUCUCCAGGAGUCCAGGCUGAUGCUCAGACAAACUCUGAGGGCAUGACCCCUCUGCACCUGGCCGCCCAGAGCGGCCACGCAGCCGUUGUGGGCCUCCUGCUCAGUAAGUCAUCCUCCCUGCUAAGCCUGCGGGACCGGCACGGGCGCACGUGCCUGCACCUGGCCUCUGCCCAUGGCCACGUCGCCACGGUGAGGACCCUGCUGGGCCAGGGUGCUGACAUCCACCACACGGACCAGAGCGGCUGGAGUGCCCUUCACUACGCAUCUAAGGCCGGCUGCCUGGCAGUGGUACGCUUCCUGGUGGAGAGCGGCGCAUCCACACGGGCCGAGUGCCAAGCCGGCCGCACGCCGCUGCAGUACGCGGCCGAGGAGAACCACCAGGCCACCGUCGGCUUCCUGCUCCGCCGCCAUGACAACAACACGCUACGUCUGCUCGAGGAUAGGAAGUUUGUGUUCGACCUGAUGGUUUGUGGGAGGCUGAACGCCAACACGGCCCUGGAGGAGCUGGCGCUCCACUCGCCGGCGCCCCUCACCACAGCCGUGCGCCUCUCCCGCGCCCUCGCCCUGGCUGCCCUGAGGGAGAAGGAACGCUCCGUCGACCUGCAAGCCGCCGCCCGCCACUGCGAGGCCGUGGCCUCCGACCUCCUGACCCUGACCUCCUCGGUCGAGGGCAGGGGCGCGGGGCUGGUGCUCCGGGCCGUGGACCACCGAGGGGCCAGCGUGCUGGACUGCCUGAUCGAGGGGAGGCAGAAGGGUGUGGUGGCCCACCCGGCCGUGCAGAAGUACCUGACGGAGGUGUGGCACGGCGGCCUGCAGUGGGACUCCUGGAGGUCCUCGCUGCUGUUCUUUAGCCUGCUGCUGUGCCCACCUGUGUGGCUGGCCCUCUCUCUGCCGCUCAAGCACAGGUUCAGCGCCGUUCCCAUAGUGAAGUUCAUGAGUCACCUGGUGUCCCAUGUCUUCCUCCUGACCCUCUUUAUCCUAACCAUCGUCUACCCGCCCGUGUGCCCUCUGUCCGAGGGCCGGCUGCUCCCCUGCUGGUGCGAGUGGCUCCUACUGGCCUGGUUGUGUGGAAUGCUGGUGUCGGAGCUCAGUCACCCCGGUGAGCGGGCAGGGCUGGCCUGGAUCAGGCUCCUGCUCCUGGGUUUCUCUGCCGCCGCUCUCCUCUGCCACCUGCUGGCCGUGGCAAUCCAGCAGUGGCCCCUGAGCUCCGCGCACUUCCUGUUCGCCCGCAACGUCCUGUUGGCCGUGGCCAUGACGCUGGGCUUCGUCCAGCUCUUGGAGUUCCUCACCUUUCACCACCUGUUUGGACCGUGGGCCAUCAUCAUCAGGGACCUGAUGAAGGACUUGUGCCGCUUCGCCGUCAUCCUGCUGCUCUUCCACACGGCCUUCUCGCUGAGCCUCGCCGCCAUAUGCCAGCCCGUGUAUCCGGCGGGCGGGGAUGGGAACACCACCGAGGGGGCGGGGCCUAGCGAGGGCAAGGAGCUCACCCCCCUGGACGUCUCGAUUCUGCUCUUCUAUGCCCUGUUUGGCCUCACCGAGCAGGAGGACAUCCCAGCCCUGGAGCGCUCGCCUGCUGCAGCCACCGCCCUGGCGCACCUGGCAUUCGGCGUCUACCUGGUUGUCACGGUGAUUGUGCUGGUCAACCUCCUCAUCGCCAUGAUGAGCGACACAUACCAGCGCAUCCAAGCGCAGUCAGACACCGAGUGGAAGUUCGGCCGCGCCGUCCUCAUCAGGGACAUGAGCCGCAAGUCCGGCACGCCUGCACCUUUCAAUCUUCUCACCAGCCUCUUCUCGCACAUCAAGGUUCUCUGCAAACACAGAGGGAAGCUGUGCUCGUCCAAGGGCCAGGAUCUGAUGGGGGAGGAAGAGGAAGCAGGAGGGGCAGCUGACGCCGGCUCUCUGGACGCAUCGGCCCACGCCUCCGUCAGCUGGCUGCGAGGGAACAGGAGAACCCAGAUCCUCCCCGAGGGGGUGCCCAUGGCGAUGCCCAGCCUUGGAGGGCAGGUGCAAGUGGAGAGUGUGACAGACUGGGCGGUGGUGGUGCAACGCUUCCUGGCUCUACGCGGCCAAAAGGACAGAGUGGCACCAGACAUUGGCAGCUAUGCAGACCCGCUUCCCCAUCCGUGAAAGAACCAGCCUGCUACCAACACCACCUUUAACCUGACCACGGCCGUCUAGGACUAUCGUGUUGUCACUGUGUUUCCAAUCCGCGUUUCCUUUAGUGUCUUUACAUGCUCUAUGUAAUCCUUAUAUUUACAAGCCUGUUCCUGGAGAAGCUCUAUGUCUCAUCUAUAUCAAUUGUGUCCAUGUCCAACUGUAUAGAUGUACUGUAGAUGCUUUUUAAGGGAAAUAAAUGAAUGCCACUGCCUUUAA